AUGAACUCGCUUUGGGAUUCUAUGGAGUUUAUUGCGUCACGAAUAUCUGAAACGCGUACCAGUGUAAGUGAGCGCCUACGGGGAAUUGGUCCUGUAUGGCUGAUUCUUGGAACGAUCGGUGGAACUGUUGUCUACAUAAAUGUUGCUGAAUGGUACAGAAAAAAUGAAGAACCUAUAGCGAAGCUCUUCAAAGCGUACAUUUUUCGGAAGCUUCGUUGUUUGCCUAUGGUUAAAGCAAAAAUCGACAAGGAACUAUGUGAAGUUAGGAAGGAAAUACUUGAGAUUAUUCACAAGCAUGAUACUGACAGGGUUUUUAUAUCCGAUAUACCGGACGAAGGCUUAUCAACUGAUUCGGUGCUUGGACUAGCAAGCAACUAUGAAUCAUACGGCAAAUUUGAUAUUGCCGAAGGUCGAGUAUCCGGUGCCGUCUACACAGAUCGGUCUCCUGAACAUGUUGCAUUGCUUGGACAGGUAUAUACUAAGUACGCGUACUCAAAUCCACUUCAUAUGGACGUGUUUCCUGGAGUUCGUAAGAUGGAAGCAGAGACAAUCCGCAUGGUGCUGAAUCUAUACAAUGCCCCUCCUGAAAGUUCGGGAAGUCUAACUACAGGUGGCACGGAAUCUAUAAUUCUAGCCUGCAUGGCCUAUAGAAAUCGGGCUUUUCAAAUGGGUAUUCGAAGACCUGUAAUAGUUUGUGCUAAAACUGCUCACGCCGCAUUUGACAAGGCUGCGUUCUUAUGUGGUAUGCGCAUUCGGCACAUAUCUGUUGAUAAAAGCAAUCGAGUAGAUUUGCGGACUAUGGAAAAAGCGAUUGACUCUCAAGUUUGCAUGCUGGUCGCCUCAGCUCCAAACUUCCCUUCUGGAACAGUAGAUCCUGUCCCAGAUGUUGCAGUGUUGGGACAGAAAUACAACAUUCCGGUCCACGUCGAUGCUUGUCUUGGCGGUUUCCUUAUUCCAUUCAUGAAUGAUUGUGGCUUUGACAUCCCAGUUUUUGAUUUCCGUAAUCCUGGUGUUACAAGCAUCAGUUGUGACACUCACAAGUAUGGAUGCACACCGAAAGGUAGUUCCAUUGUGAUGUACCGAUCGAAAGAACUUAUCCAUUAUCAAUAUUUCUCAAUUCCUGAUUGGACUGGUGGCAUAUAUGCGACACCGACCAUAUGUGGAAGCCGUGCAGGAGCGAAUUCGGCUGUAGCUUGGACCACUCUUUUGUUUUUUGGUAAAAACGAGUAUCGCAAAAGGUGUGCCGCAAUUAUUUCCAACACAAGGAAGAUUGCAGCUGGCAUUGAGAAGAUUUCUGGUCUCGAGGGAAGUAUUGGCGUGAAUUUCCCGUAUUGGAGAGAUUGUUUUUAUUCGUCGUUCAACAUUUAUGCUAUCAGUGACAAAAUGAGUACAAGAGGAUGGAACUUAAAUACGCUUCAAAAUCCAAAUGCCAUUCAUAUAUGUCUGACCUACAACCACGCUAGACAAGAAGUAGUGGACGCAUUUUUAAAGGAUCUCAAGGAGGUAGUUGAUGAAAUAAAUGCUAGCAGCGACAAAGGGAACACUAGUAAUACGGCGGCUCUAUAUGGUAUGGCUGCUCAAAUUCCCGACAAGUCCCUCGUUGAUGAGAUUACGUACGGAUUCCUUGAUGCUUGUUACGCAGAACCACCGCAGUACUAG